GGCCUGCCAACUCAGUCAGCCCUGACUCAGGCCGGAGCUGAGCUCCCCACCUGCCAACAACAGCCCAGGAGGUGGGACAGCCCAGCCCCCCUGCCAGCCUCCACCCUGACUUCACUUGAUAACAAACCAGAAACUGAAACAGAGUUGGGAUGCCUGCUCAAAGGUAGAGAUGAGUCACUGCUGAGAACCAGUGCUAAGCAGGGCAGCUGAGAGGCAGCCGGGAGCUGAGUGCAGAGGCAGGCAGCAUCUGAGGGUCCCCAGGAGAAUGGCUGGCAAUCGUGAUGCAGUGGCCAUGGACUGUGAGAUGGUGGGGCUCGGGCCCCACCGAGAGAGCGGCCUGGCUCGGUGUAGCCUGGUGAACUACUACGGGGAAGUUCUCUACGACAAGUUCAUCCUGCCCGAGGGGGAGAUCACGGAUUACAGGACCCGGGUCAGCGGGGUCACCCCGCAGCACAUGGUGGGGGCCACACCAUUUGCUGUGGCCAGGCUAGAGAUCUUGCAGCUCCUGAAAGGCAAGCUGGUGGUGGGCCAUGACCUGAAGCAUGACUUCAAGGCUCUGAAAGAGGACAUGAGUGGCUAUGCCAUCUAUGACACGUCCACCGACAGGCUGCUGUGGCACGAGGCCAGACUAGACUACUGCAGGCGCGUCUCCCUGAGAGUGCUGAGCCAGCGUCUCCUGCACAGGAACAUCCAGGGCUCGGCACCCACCUGACUUCUGCCUGCGCUGAUGCUCCCAGAAACCAUCACCAAAGCACCAUCCUCCAGUGGUGCAGCUGAUCACGGUGGUCACAGGACAUACGGAGCUAACGUGGAAGACCGUCUCAGAGGGAAUGAAUGGCAGUCCUGUGGGUUCCCAUCUCAGGCUGCUGGUACAGGUUGACCAGGCCACACAGGAAAGGAAGGGUCCUCUGUUUAUCAGGCACCUACAAGGUUGCUGGGCAUUUGACAUUCUCUCAUUCCAUCACCUAUGGCAGAUGCGAUCAGGCCCAUUUUACUACAGAAGAAGCAGAGGCCCAGAGAGGAAAAGUGGUUUGCCCAGGUUCACACAGCUCAUAGCAGGGGAGCUAGAAUCUGAACUUGGGUUUGUCUGAUUCCAAAUCCAGUGCCUUCCAUGUUCCCAUGCUGGUGAACAGAGAAGGACACUUGUACCAUCUUCUGCUUCUGUCCUGGCUUUUUUCUCCAUAGAACAGAGUGAUCUCUCUGUGCCUUAGUUCCUUUAUCGGUCAAUCAAGGGUGGUGACAGGGCAGAUAUGCCAGAAACACACAAGGCCCUUAGCACAGUGCCCAGAGCACAGACAGUGCCACCACGCUACCCGCCUGCUUAUUCACAACAUGGAAUAAUCAUGGUAAUAAGAAAAGGCCUUUCGGAGCUGGGCUGCCUCACCUUGUAUCCCCAUUACCCAAUUGGGACUGCCAGGACAAGUAGCCCUUAUGAGGGAAGGAAGGCCCCUCUAGGAGGAGCACCAUGAAAGCCCAGCCAGGCCUAACAGCCUGCUGACUCCCAGGCUGGGGACUAGCCAGGAUACUGUGCUAGGCAGGGCAGGUGAAGGUAACUCCAGUGGGAAUUUACCUGGCAUGGUAGACUCCAUGGGAUAUAAAUCUCAGCUCCACAACUUGCUGGCUUAUGUGUAGGCCUCAGUUUCACCAUGGGUAAAAUGGGGGAAUAAUGGUAUCCAGCUCAGAAAUUUAAUGAGAUAAUGUGAAAGAGGUGGCAAAUGGUAGUCACUUCUUUCUUGAAUGAACUGAGUGGCCCCUCAACUCCCAUCACCAGCCCCAUAAAGUCUAGACUCCCCACCAUGGCAUUCAAGGCCUUCGCUGAUGGGACCAGCUCCGCAUGCCCUCCCAACACCAUCUCUGAUGCUCCCCCUCUCUGAGCUUCCUGUUUCCCGAAUGGCUUGUGUCAUUUGGACUCCAUUUACUGACAUCCCUGCCUGCUCUGAGCAGCCUCUUCCCACAGCCCUAGCUGGAGUUGCUCGCUCCCUCCUUGAUGUCCUGGAGCUCCUUGCUGGAGCCACUUGAGCCCCUUUGUGUGUCUGACAGCAGGUCUGUAGCUUCCACUCACCCCACCAGAUCACAGGCACCUUGCAGGCACAGCCUGGUUCUCGAGAUGCUGUAUUUUGUGUCUAGUCUUAGUGCCUCUGGCCCCAGGGCUGAGGCAGUGAAGCCAGGCCAGCUGCAGCCUUCUAAGUCUGGUGUCAGAGGCCUCAGGGAAACUCAUCCAUGGACCCAUUCUGGGGCUCUGGAAAUCAGGGUGUGAGCAGGUAAAGCCCUGGUUACUGGGGCUCUCGAUCUAGCUGCGCUCCAAGUUCCCAUCUUAUACUGUGC